UCGUCAAUCCUCCCGCAAAACAGUUAAAAAAAUUCCUCCCGCAAAAGUCACGAAGCUCUACCCUCUCCCUCGAAAAGGAAAGAGUAGCUCGACCGAGCAACCCAAUUCAUGGCGACGGCGGCGUGUCCUCUCCCUCACCGGUCUCUGCUCCUCCUCCAUCUGGCCCUCCUCGCUUUCCUGCUGGCGGCGGCCCCGGCGGCCCAGGCGUGGACGGGGGAGAUCCGCGGCCGCGUCGUCUGCGACGUCUGCGCCGACUCUGCCAUCGGGCCCGAGGACCACGUCCUCGAAGGCGCUGAGGUUGCUGUUCUGUGCAUCACGAAAUCUGGUGAGGUCAUCAACUACCAGGCGUUCACAAACUACAAGGGCGUCUACAGCGUUGCAGAGACAAUGCCUGAGAGCGACCGAUGGGAUUCGUGCCUGGCAAGGCCCAUCAGCAGCUUCCACCAGCAUUGCACCAGGAGGGGGGACGCACACUCUGGGGUCAAGUUCACAUACAACAAACAGUCAGGGAGCUCGCACAACGUCAAGACGUUCCUCUACAAGCCUGCCAACGUUCCUCUGUACUGUAGCUGAAAUCUAUAGGAUGGGUUCAUGCCCGGGCUUGAUGUUGUAAGAUCUGAAUAGGUAAAGUGUUGGUCGACCCGUAUGCUUGUAACGAUCUGCCCAUCUAGAAUUAUUGCCCAUGUCAUUUGAAGGGGGUCGGAUGUUGAAUGUGUAAUUAUUGUAAAUCACUAUAAUAUGUUUCUCAGCCAUAUACAUAUAAUCAAUAAAUAUGUACAAAGAGUUCAAGUAAUUUUA